AUGGCCAUCACCGAUCCCCUCGUCAAGUACAGGACGCUGGUCUCAACCAAAGUCCUCUCACCCGACCAAGAUCAACACAGACUAGCAAUCCACCUCCAAAAGCUCUACGGCCGCCUCAAAGACUACGCCCCGGAAGUCGACUAUCGCGAGCGUCUGAAACAAGUAGCCGAUAUCCCAGAAGCCCGCGACCCAGAAGAAGCCGCCGCGACGCUGGCGAUGCCGAGCCACCCCAUCUGGGACAACCCUCUCUUCAAACACCUCGCCCGCAAGGCCAUGCCGGAUCCAAAGGACUCGAACCCCAUGGCCCUAGUCCACGUCAUGACCAGCCUAGAGGGCGCCAUCACCAUCAACUCUCCUAGAGGUCUCUUCCUCUCCGGCGAGGUCGGCGUGGGAAAGUCAAUGUUGAUCGACCUCCUAGCACAGGGCCUGCCAACGGAGAGGAAGCGGCGGUGGCACUUCAACACCUUUAUGCUCUACACCUUUUCACAACUGGAAAAGUUCCGCCAGUCCCAUGCCGAGCUGGACGGGAACGAAAAGGAGUACGCCAUGUUAUGGCUGGCCAAGAAGCUCGUAGAAGAGUCUCCCAUUCUGUUCCUCGACGAGUUCCAGCUGCCUGACCGCGCCGCAAGCAAGAUCCUCAGCCACUUGUUCAUCGCCUUCUUCCAUCUCGGCGGCGUACUCAUCGCGUCGUCCAACCGCGUGCCCGAGGAGCUGCAAAAGGCCAUUGGCAUCGAGUACACUGUCCCUCCCUCUGAUGGGUUCCUAAAGAGUCUAUUUCUCGCCGGAGCUCGCUCACGGGGAACUCGUCAUGGUCAAAACGACUUUGCUGCCUUUCUCGAGGUGCUAAAGGCUCGCUGUGACUUCUGGCACAUGGACGGAGCCACUGACUGGAGACGUCGGGAAACAGAAGUGAAAGCUGUUGUUGAUGCCAUAACCAUUGAGGGAACGGGACUUGUGGAAGAACCAACAGGUGCUCAAGAGGAAACAUCCAAAGAAACAACAAAACCAGCAAAAUACUUCUUAACCCCCGAGACCUCAGAAUGGUCAUCAGAGCUAGCAGACCUCCUCUCCCAACCCUGGACCCCAGCAACCCUCACAGUCUACGGCCGCACCAUCCCCGUCCCGCGCCAACGAGACGGCGUAGCCUACUGGGACUUUGACGCCCUCGUCGCAACCUUUGGUCCGGCAGACUACGUGACCAUGGCAUCGACCUACCACACCUUCAUCAUCGACAACGUCCCCACCAUGACGACGCUCCACAAGAACGAGGCCAGACGCUUCAUCACCCUCCUCGACGCCCUGUACGAAGCCCGCUGCAAGCUCUUCGUCCGCGCCCAGACCGGCCCCGACGACCUCUUCUUCCCCGACAUACGCGCCGCGCAAGCCGAAAUGGCCGCCGCCGCCGCAGAGGCAGCAGCGGCAGUAGCAGCGGCAGCGUCCGGAGAGGAAGUCGUCUCCUCGGACGCAAUCUACUCCGAGACCAUCGCCGAAGUCUACCAAGACUCCGCGGCCCCCUUCCGCCCCAACAUCUCCUACUACGACACCGACGCCCCGACAUCAAAAUACGAUCCGGACCAGGACUCGGACUUUGGCCGCGCCGGCAACGUGAGCAGCAGCAACACGACGAGUCCGAAUUUCAGCAACACGGCCGGCUUCAUCGGCGAAGACGAGCGCUUCGCGUACCGCCGUGCCGCGAGUCGGCUGUGGGAGCUCUGCAGCGCCGCGUGGCACGCCAGAGGCGACAGUCCGGCCGAGUGGUGGACGCCUGUCCCGCGUACGGCGCGGCACUGGGAGGAUUCGGCGCCGUCGAGACCGAAGCGUGAUGAGCCGCUGCUGCCGCGGAAGCAGAGCGAUGCCGUCAUGGGUCCGUCGAGGCCUGUUGACGAGCCGUUUGGGACGGAUAAGCUUGUUAUUGAGAGGUGGCGGGCUUUGGAGGAGGCUGAGCGUCGGCGGGAAGAGUCGUCGUCUUAG